AAUGUUUAAGGUGAGUUUGGUCAAUAGAAAGUAAAAGAACUCAAGAGUGGGGUGAACAGAGACGUUUUAUUAGAGUCGGAAUAACGAGGGUACAAGAGUAAGAAAGCCGGCUAGUCGAUGCUCGGUGAGAUCCUAGCCGGAAGUACAAGAGAGCGGCGAGAUACAAAGAGAAUAAAGGAAACCCUAAUCUAGCCGCAAGUCUGUCUGUCUGUGUAGUGAUACCAUUCCUUCUUGUCCUCAACUCCUUAUAUAGUCUCCUAGGUCGGUUAGUCUCGACCUAAUUCGCUUCCCUUUGGUCAUGGGCUUUUCGAUAUACAGGCCCAAUCGGGAUGACUGCUCGGCCCGAGCUGUUUGGUUGCUCGCUUCGGCUGCUCGUCCUCUAGCUAAAGUAGUCACGAGCCGAGUCGGGGUCAGUCGAGGAGCCGACGCCGAGCCGACCGCUCCCUCCUUGAUGGUAAUGGGCCUCCUGUUCGCUGGGCCUUGUGGGUGGUGACAAUCCAUCCCCAACAAUAAGUCCCCCCCUAGCUCAUAGUCGGUCGAGUAAACGAUCGCUGUGAGCUAGUUGUUUUAGGGCUCGAAGAACAGGAGACUCGUUGUUGAUUUUGACGGCUCCGCCAGAAAUUGUCCGAAGAAAAGAACUUCCGCGAUUCGGUAUAAAUCGUCUGGAUUGAUGCCGAACAACGGUCUUUCCAAACCGGGGAUCUGAUCGCAUUCGAUUCAUGGUAUGACGUCGAACCGUCGCCAAUUGUAGCGAGGGAGCCGAACCGUUACUAGGUUUUGGAUCGGGAAGCCAAAGCGUCGUUAGGUUUCGGACCGGGAAACCGAAAGGUCGCGCUUGAGACCGACGCGCGAGCCCGUCUAGAGGCCCAUUUAGGCCCGUUUAGGGCUAAUUAUGACGCCUCGUUGAGCGCGCGUCCCCUUCCCUAUAAAUAAGAGAUCUUCCUUCAGAUCUCCCAUUCUUCCGCAAUCUUCAGGUACUCUCUCUCUCUCUCUCUAAGUUGCUUCUCUCUCUUUCUUCUGCUCUCGUUUUAUCGUUUACUCGGUAAUGUCGACAAGUAAGAAACUUUCUCGAGAACAAAAGGGGAAGAUGCGUGCGGCCUCGUCGGGAUCUGGUGAUGACUUAGAGACGGUCCGUGGUUCUGAAGGAAGCCAAGAGGCGGUUCAUCGCGAGGCGAUGAUGGAUACAGAGAACUUGAGUCGUGCGCAGCGCGUUCUUAUUUCGGAAUCGAGAGUGCAGUCGCGGAAGGACGACGACGGUCGUGAUCAUGUUGACGAUCAGAUGAUCCCGAUAAGCUUUUAUCCGGGGAACAUCUUCGAGGAGCAACCUCCGCUUGAUCGGGAGCGCGUGCGUCCUUCGGUCGUCGAAGGCCAGGACUGGCGGGGUGUCGAGAAGACGAGGUCGACCGUCGAGUCGGUGACGAGACUCCUACGGGCUCGCGACGCAGCGGGGGUUACGUUUAUAAUCCCGAAUAGCGACCAGCGGCCCUGGUCUCCUCCGAAAGGCUACCAGUGCGUCUACGAGUCGUACUUCGAGGGCGACACGAAGCUGUGGUUUCCGAUUCCUCGAAUCGUCACUGCGUUUGCGAUGCGCCGAGGAGCCGCCCUUAGCCAAUUUCUGAAUGGUGCGUGGCGGCUGGCCGUGGCACUGACGAUUAUCGGAGCAGAAGCUGGUGUUCCUCUCAACGUCCGAGCUUUCGAGGAAUUAGUGUCAGCGAAGAUAAAGGGCGGACUGAUUUCGCUGAAGAUCCGCCCCAACUAUAACGUGGUGACCGGCUACCCCAACAAGACGAACAACUGGCAGCGGUCCUACUUCUACGUCAAAUCUGACAGGGCUGCGUUCGAGGAGCCGCUGAGGACCGGCUAUCGUGUUUUAUGGGCCCGAGAGAUGGUUGCUCUUCCGAACACCGCAGAGUACGAGGAGGACUUUUUGACGAGCGCGCGUCUGAUCGCAUCGCAGAGACAGGACCAUUGGAAUAAUUUUUCCUACCGGAGGAUUAGUCGAUCGAUCGGGUGGAUUAGUCAGCAGGUUUGGCGUUCGGACACGAUCCCCAUUGUCACGAAUAAGACGAAGAGGGUCAAUUUGUUCAAUUCGGCCGAGCAGAGGGAGAUAAACCGAGCAAGAGCGAUGAGGACUAUUCCAAAUUUGAGUUUGGUGGUUGCGAAGAAAGUCGGCUCCGCAAAGAAAUCUCAGCCCGAUACCGCGGGCUCGCCUAAUUUAGGAGAUCCGAGCGCGACCGAGUCGGACGCUGAGGCUCAGUUGGUUAGAAAGACCAACAAGAAGAGACAGCGCGAAGAGGAGGGCGCGGCUGUCGAGGAAACGAACGUUGGGGCUUCCUCUCCUCAAGGGCAUUCUGGGUCAGAGGGGAGAAGGAAGAAGGCAAGGGGCGAUUCUCCCGCGAUCCGAUCCUCGUCCGUUGAGGAAGGCGAGCUCAGGGACCUGGAACCGAGCGGUGGUUCCAAAGAUGAGGUGGUCCCCGAAUCACAGCCUGCGGGCAGCCGCGACGAAGAUCUUCCGGCGGUCUCUCCAAAGGCCAAGAAGAAGGACAAGGGGAGGAAGAGGAAGAAGAAAGCCGCCGAAAUGGUUCCUCGAGGCUCUUCUGAGGAGCUGAACGACGAGGAGGAAGAUGCCACCCGUUCCGGGGAAUCGCUGGGCCCGGGGCGUGAAGUCGUGCCGGAGGAACCCGCUCCUCAGGUCGCUGAAGGGACCGUUGCUGUCCCGAAGAAGAGGAAGAAGAAAAAGAAGGGUUGUCCGGACAGGGUUUCUUUCUCUUACGACCGCGAGGUCCCGCUAGCGCAUGACGAGCAGGAGUGCGGUCGCCUGGUUCGUCAGUUUAGGGGAGAUCGGGGCGCGCUGCCGCCGGUCAAGGACUUGAUCUUCAAGGAGGAGUACAAGUUCGCCGCCCGUACCUCCAUCAUGAGCCUCGGAGACUGGAACGUUUUAGUGAGGAAAUACGAUGAGGAGCUGAGAGGCGCGUUCGAGUUGGUCGACAAGCAGAAGAGGAGCCAUAAACGCGCGACUCGGGCUUUGAAGGAUGCAGUCCGUGCAAAGGACGAAGCAGUUGCCCAAGAAGAAGCGCUGAGGAAGGAGCUCGACGAGCAGAGGGGAAUCAUGGCGAUCGAGUUGGCGUCUGCUCGGGACCUGGUAAAGAAGGCGGAGAAAGAGAAAGCCGAGUUGCGGAAGAGAAAUGCCGACUUGCAAGGCAAGAAUGCGACUCUCGAGAAGGAGGUGGUGGCCUCUGCUUUGAAUUUCUCCCGGGAGAUGGAUCGCUUGAGGGAAUCUCGCAAACUUGAGGUCACUCAUGAGCGAAUCCGCGUGAUGGCGGCAAUGACGGGAAAAUGCUCCCGACGCUUCAAAAAUAUUCAGGACCGAGAGAAGCGCCGUGAUGAUUUCGAGGACUCGCGGUGUAUGCUUGGUCAAGCGCGCGGGAUGCGAGACUGCCUCGAGGCUUUGAAGGAAUCGGGGAAAGAUAUCCCUCAGGAGACCAUUGAUACGUACGCCGACUUGGAGAAGUACUACGAUGGGGAGACGACUCGUCUGGAGGUAGGCGUGAUUCCGGACUCGGAUCUAACCUUGUCUCCUUUGGUGCUGAAGUCUCGGUUCGUGAUCGAAGAAAUCCUCGAGAAGGUUGACAAGCAUGGGUCGAACCUUGAGCUGAUCGAUUCUGAAGCCGCGGCAGCGCUCCGAUCUCCGAGUGAUGGAUUUAUUAGGGACCUCCUCGACACGGUACAAUCUCCUGCUCGUCCCGACGCCACUCUUCCUAUCAAAGCGGCUGCGCCAGACAAGAAAGCCGUUGAAGUGGACCCGAAGGCGCCCGGUGCCGAUGCCCGGGAGAAGUUGGUUACAAUCUCCGACAGUUCGUCCCUCGGGACUUCCGAUCCUGACGCGAGUGAAGGCCUUUCGGAUCCGAACCGCGAGAUCAGGCUUGCCUCUCCAUCGAGCAAGGGUCAAAGUACCGGCAACGUAUCCAGCUCGGGCCCUCCUGAGAAGAAAGAUCCCCCUGCUGAGGGAUGAUUACCCAUGUUUGUUGUAUCUCUUUUUCGGCCGUUUGGCCUUGUUUGUUUAAGACCUCGUUUCUCGGCGUUAAGCCUUUGAUGUAUGAAUUAUUUUCUUUUGGUUUUUAUCAGACAAGUGUUUCUUUAUAUAUUUCCGUAA